UAAACACUUGGUAGCAGAUAAAGCUUCAGUUCGCGAGCGCUAUAUAAGCGGAUAAUGCAGAACAAGUCCUCAGUUUUUUAACGACUGGAUCAAAACUCGUUUUGCUUUCUCUUUAUCAAUCAUGUUGAUUGUAAGCACCAUCCUCUUUCUCGCGAUUGCACAGUUAGGCUGUUCGCAAGACGCGCCGACAGUGUUGACUCCUUUGGGAAAAGUCCAGGGCCACUAUCUGGUUUCGAAUGGAGGAAACAAGUACAAAGCUUUCCAAGGUAUACCCUUCGCGUUACCACCUGUAGGAGAGCGAAGGUUCAAGGCACCCGAACCUGUUAAAUCAUGGCCAGGUCUACUGGUAGCAGACAAAUUCAAAGAAGCUUGCGUGAGUCAUGGUCGCGAUCUUCUUCCGACUGGCGGUUACGUGUAUGGUGUCGAGGACUGUUUGUACUUGAACGUCUACGUACCGACGAACAAAACCAACAAGCCGUUGGCUGUGAUAUUCUGGAUCUACGGUGGCGGUUUCCAAUACAGUACUCUUAAUGGCAGAGAGCAAAAAUACCUGAUGGAUCACGACGUCAUUUUCGUCUCGGCAGCUUACCGACACGGCUCGCUUGGUUUCCUGAGUACCGAAGAUGAGGUUGUUCCUGGUAACAUGGGCCUGAAGGAUCAAGCUGUUGCUUUGCGAUGGGUUUCCGAAAACAUCGAGUACUUUGGCGGUGAUCCUGAUCAGGUCAUGAUCGGCGGACUGAGCGCUGGAGGUGCCAGUGUUCAUUACCACUAUUUGUCCCCGUGGUCUGCUGGACUUUUCCAAACUGGAAUCUCGUUCAGUGGAACUGCUUUUGACUGCUGGACCCAAGCCGAGGCGUCGCGCGCAAAAGCCAUCAAGUUGGGUGAACUUUUGGGCUGCCCAACUGACGACAUCCGCAAAACCGUUGAGUGUCUCAGAAAACGUCCCGCUUACGAUGUUGUAGCAGCACAAGCUUAUUUUAUGCCAUGGCACUUGAACGAAUUCACGCCUUUUGGACCUGUGGUAGAAAAGUCCACGGACAAACCGUUCAUUAACCGUUCUCCAAUUGACAUCAUUAGAAGUGGUGAUGCUUAUCCGGCACCUUGGGUCACUGGUGUAACCAGUGAAGAGGGACUUUAUCCCGUAGCAGAAUUCGCACUGAACGAAACCAUUAUCGAAGACCUUAACAAGAACUGGGAAUCGGCAGCGCCCCAUUUGCUCCAUUACUAUUACACGAUCCCUAAAGACCAACACGCCAGUGUCGCUCGCAAAAUCAGAAAGUAUUACUUCGGUGAUAACCCUAUCAACAAAGAAAACUUCCUUACCCUCACCCACCUUGUGAGCGACAGAGUUUUUAUUUAUGAUGCCGUGAAGGCAGCAAAGGAACAAGCCAAAGCUAGUAACUCACCAGUCUGGUUUUAUUAUUAUACAUACAGAGCUGCAAACAGUUUAAGCGACUCCGCAUCGCACAGCACUGAAAAUUUUGGUGUAAGCCAUGCCGAUGAUGUUUUACUUGUUGUCGGAAAUCCUUUCAUAAAUCCCACAAAGACGGAAAAUGACUUUGCGAUGCACAAAGAUUUGGUUAAAUUUUGGUUGUCUGUGGCAAAACAGGGUGUUCCUAAGUUCGGGCCGAAAUGGACGAGGCUCAAUUCACAGAAAAAGAACUUCGAGUAUUUACACAUGGCUGGGCCAGGAAACUUCAAGCUCGAAACUAACAAUGAUUUAGGAAAAUUGCAAUUUUGGGAAACUCUCGGUUUCAACGAAAAUAGAAUUAGCUCUUAAUAACAGUAUUUUAAGAAGUCAUACGCUUAAUUUCCCGAUUUAAAUACCCUCUGAUAUAGCGAUAAGAUUAUACAUAAACGAUCAAUGGCUGAAGAUGGCAAAUAAGUACUUUGAUUUCUGAAUCAUUCCUUGAAAUCGUCUUUUGUACUUCGUAAGCCGCGUGCAUCAUUCAGAUUAUCAUGUAUCAUGUUUCAUAGUAAAUAUAAAAUAAAUGUACAAAUUUCCAUUACCUGUA